AUGGCUGUGGUUCUUGAGACCUUAGAAGCUAAUCUUGAUAAUUAGGCUAAUCUUUAAAGGAAAGGAAUGAUUAUGGUUAUAACCACAAUUAUUAUCAUAGCGACUCUUUCUGCUGUUGAGUAUUUUAAACAAAGGUAAUUCUUGAACAUAGCUAUUUAAAGGAAUAAUCGAUAAGUUUUAACUUUGAGAUCAGGUGAAACUAAAUCAAUCAGCAUCUAUGAUUUAUUAGUUGGCGAUGUUGUGUAUCUCAAACUAGGUGAUAAAAUAUUUGCUAACUGCUUAAUUAUUGAAGGAGAUGAUAUUAGAGCAAAGGAAAAGAUAGGGAUUGAGGAAAAUUAAAUCAUUGAAAAAUCAGUAGAAAACGAUCCUAUUUUAAUUAAGGGUUCCUCAUUGAUUACUGGAUAAUGUUUGGCUAUUGUUUGUUAGGUUGAUCAAUCUCAAAAUGAUUCUGAUGAGCAAGAAGAGGUAAAUUUGAUUUUGAAGAGAGUUAUUAACAAGCAGGAAAUAUUUAGUGGUCUUUUUGCCAUUGAUAUAGUGAAUUAUAUUCUAAUCAUACUUGCUUUACUGUUGAUAACUUUACCUGAAAACUUACCCUCAAUAGUGCAUACUAUUUUAGCUUUCUCAGUAGAUUUAAUGAAACAAGAUAAUUGCAUCAUUAAAAGUGUCGAAGCACUUGAAACUAUGGGUAGUGUUAAUGAGAUUCUUACAGAUAAAACAGGAGUAAUAACAGAAAGCAUUAUGAAUGUGACUUAAAUAUUCUCUGAGGGCAAGCUUAAUAAAAAUCUGAACGAACUUUAAAUAAAGACAUAAGACCUUAUUCUUUAGUGUCUUUCCUAUAACUCUAACUCGCAUAUAUUAAUUGAUAAUAAAUCAGGAGAAGAACAGAGAAUAGGAAAUCAAACUGAAUGUGGUUUGCUGGCAUUUGUUAAUAAUAAUUUGAAUAGGCUUAGAAGAAAAGAAAGAUCUUACAAUGACCUUAAGUAAAAGUAUAAGGUAAUUAAGCAGAUCCCUUUCAACCCAGAAUCUAAAAAGAUGACGGUAGCUCUUGAGCUUGUCCCUGGAUAGACAAUUAGAAUUUUUUCCAAAGGAGCAACUGAAAAUCUUAUUAAUAUUGAUUGCUCUUAGUAUCUUGACAAAAGAAAUGAACUUGUAUAUCUAGAUUUAAGUAAGAGAGAAAAAAUAAAGGACAAUGUAAUUAAGCAAUUAACAUAAGGAGGAUUAAGAACUAUUGCGAUUGGCUAUAAGGAUAUAAGCUUUGACGAAUAUCAAAGACUAAUUUUAAAGGACUAGCUUAUGAAUGAGAGGGCUAAUAUGGAAGAAAAUGAGCUAAUGAGAAAUGAAAUCGAGGAGGAAUUAGGGUAAAUAGAUAAUGACUAGAAUUAUCAAAUUGAGUAAAUUAUGAAGUAUAGAAAGGCAAAGAAAAGACUCCCAAAAUAGGACUUGAAACUGGAUUAAGGUUUAAUAUUACUAGCGAUUAUUGGGCUCAAAGAUCCACUUAGAUAAGGGAUCUAAUCAGCAGUUUAAAAGUGCUAAUAAGCUCAUGUAACUGUAAGAAUGGUUACUGGAGAUAAUAUUGAUACUGCAAUAGCAGUUGCAAAAGAAGCUGGAAUUAUUCCAAGCGGGGGACUUGUCGGUGAAAUAAAAAAUAAAAGUAACUCAAGUAGGUACAGAUGUCUCACGGGCCCAUAAUUCAGAAAACAUAUUGGUGGACUAAGAUAAGAGAUCAUGGCAGGUAUAACAAAAGAGGUUGUUAAUGAUGUGCAUGCAUUUAGAGAGAUUAGUAAGGAACUUAGAGUCUUAGCUAGAUCUUCUCCCAUUGACAAAUAUAUGCUAACUACAGGUCUAAAGAACGAGGGUUUUGUAGUAGCCAUUACUGGAGGAAUUUCAAGUGAUUCAGAGGCGCUUUAAUAAGCUAAUGUAGGCUUUGCACUCAAUAAAAAUGGAACAGAUAUCGCUAAAGAUGCCUCAGAUAUGAUAAUUCUAAACGACAACUUCAGUUCAUUAGUCUCCUCAAUUAAAUAUGGCAGAAAUAUUUACAGAAAUGUUAGACGAUACAUUUAGUACACUAUGACAACAACUAUUACAAUCACUGGGUUGCUAACUAUUACAAGUUUAACAACAGGAAGAUCUCCAUUUAAUUUUUUCUAACUAUGCUGGAUUUUUAUUAUCAGUAGCAUUCUUGCACCUUUAUUUUUAGUUUCAGAAGCUCCUAGCGAAGAUAUAGUUAAGGGUAAACCUUAAUCAAGGAAUGAGCAAAUUGUUAAUCCAUACAUGUGGAGAAAUGUUAUUUUAACCUCAAUUAUCGAGAUUCUUAUCUUUACAGUUAUUAUUGUAUAUCCGGAGUUUAUCAGCUACAUUUUAAGGGAUGAAGUAUUUACUUUGAGGAACCAAUGCUCUUUGAUAUUUGAUAUUUAUGUUUUCAUGCUCUUGUUCAAUAUGAUUAGCUUGAGAUCAGUAAAUAAUAGUGAUAGGUUUAAGCUAUUUUAGAUGAGAAACAAACAAAUUUAUUUCUAUAUCUUUAUUUUUGUUAUGGCUUUCCAAUUGGGAUCAGUACACAUGUUUGAUUAGUACUUUAAAUGCAAGUAAUUAACUCUUUAAGAGCAUGCAAUUUGCUUUGGAAUAGGAUUAAUUAAAUUUAUUUUGGGAUUGAUAGUGAAGUAUAUUCCUGCUAAGCUUUUUGAAGGCUUUAAAAUAGAUUAAUAAAUCGUGAUAUUGGAUGAAUCGCCAAAAAAUAGAUUAAGGAAACAGUUAUCAAAACUUAACUACUCAUUUACCAAAAAGCAUAAAGUAUAUGACAAUCAUUCUUUAUUUUCUUAUAAAGAAGAACUUAACUGA